AUGGCUUACAGAAUGGUUAAGUGGUGUCCUCCUACCGGGCAUCGACGGUGGUUUAAUCCGUACGUGUUGUUGCUAGCCGUAACGCUAGUCUUUGUUGGUGAUUGCUCCCGGGUAUAUGCUGCAGUACAUCCCCUUCCCGACGAUCGUGACUUUGUGCCAGUUUCCUUCGCUUCCCGGGGUGUGUCUGCGGUCGCACCCGUGCGGGAUGUGGACAGUACGUACUUUCUGCCGAACACAUCCAUCCCGACACACUACGCCAUCUCGUUGCGCACCGAUAUCCACAACGAUGUGCGAACGUUUGAUGCGACCACAGAGAUCUACCUGACCGUGCUGGAGGAAACCGAAACGCUUGUUAUGCACGUCCAGGAGCUCGAUAUUAAGGCAGUCUUCCUGUAUCGGGUUUCUUCUACUGGACCGAUUUUGAUCGAUACACCAACGUACAAGAUCGACAUCGUGAAGGAACACAUUACGUUCCGCACGUUUGCAACGUUCGUACCCGGUGGGUACAUGCUGACCGUAACGUACAGUGGAUCGAUGCGCAACUAUCAGAGCGGAUAUCUGGUGUCUCGCUAUCGGGAUGAUGACAAUAAGUGGCGUUCGGUUGGUACGACACACUUCCAGGCAACGCUCGCUCGUCGUGUGUUUCCGUGCUACGAUGAACCCGCUCUAAAGGCCACCUUCGAGCUGAAGAUUACGCAUCACCGUACUUAUAGGGCGAUCGCCAAUAUGCCUCUGAUCGGCACGGAGAUCGAUCCUACCAACCGGGAGUAUCUGAUCAGCAACUUCGAAAAGACCCCGCUAAUGUCUACCUAUUUGUUGGCGUUUGCUGUGACGGAUUUUGUCACAGUCGGCAACAGCCUGCACAACGUGGUCGUUCGCAGUAAUGCUAAGGAUGAUGCAUCGUAUGCGGUAACUGUUGGGGCUACUAUUCUCGAGCGACUCGGUUCAUAUCUGGAGCUUCCGUACUACGAGCAAAUGCCGAAGAUGACCUCGAUCGCUGUUCCGGAUCGGGGCACCGGUGCGAUGGAAAACUGGGGUCUGGUGACGUACGGGGAACCGUCGCUAUUGUACAACCCGGCAGUAAAUACCUAUCGCAAUCGUAAACGUGUUACGACCGUCAUUGCGCACGAGUACGCCCAUCAAUGGUUCGGCGAUCUGGUCAGCCCGAGCUGGUGGGACUACAUUUGGUUGAACGAGGGCUUUGCCACGCUGUACGAGUACUACGCGACACGGUUGGCCGAACCGGGUGACGAGUACCUGGAGCUGUUUAAUGGCGAAGUUGUGCAGCGAGCGUUUUUACAGGAUGCGAACGAACAGAUUCGUCCGAUGAACUGGAACACGGCUACGCAGGACGAAGUGUCCAGUCUUUUCGAUAUUAUCGCCUACCAGAAAGCUGGCAGUGUAUUGAACAUGUUCCGCAAUGUUCUCGGCGAUACAGCAUGGCGCGCAGGAUUGACCCAGUACCUUACCGAUCGUGAGUAUAACGCAGCAACGGAGGCGAACUUAGCCCUUCAUCUUCAGACUGCAGUCGCGGGACAGGACAUUUUGCCGUCAACCGCCAACGUCCGCGAUCUGCUUGCCUCCUGGACCGAUGCACCCGGAUUCCCAGUGCUCAAUGUCCGCCGACUGUACCGUGAUGGGUUGAUGAUCCUCUCGCAGGAACGCUUCCUCGAGCAGAGCGUUCUACCGACGACCCAUGUGUGGCACAUCCCUUACAACUACGCGCACAAAUCGUCGGCUACAUUUUAUGACCUCACAACCACGGGCUGGUUGUCGUCACGUGCGGCCAAAAUAGAAACAUCCGUACCCGACGACGAGUGGGUCGUGUUUAACAAGCAGCAGACAGGAUACUAUCGCGUAAACUACGAUCGCCGCAACUGGGAACUACUUACCGAGGCUCUGAUGGAUAAUCGCAACGCGAUCCAUCGCCUCAACCGUGCUCAGCUAAUAGAUGAUUCGUUUAAUUUGGCUCGGGCCGAUCUGCUUGAUAUGGCCGUUGUGCUGCGCUUAAUGCGCUACCUUCGCACCGAACGCGAUUAUGCACCGUGGUCCGCAGCGGACAAAGUGCUAACGUACUUGUACGACAAACUGCGCGGAACCGAGCACGAGCACGCAUUCCUGGUGUACGUUGACGAGCUUAUUUCGGAGGUAUAUGCCACGCUGUCGGUGGACACUGUUGCCCAAGGCGAAACGACACUGUACAAGUACCUACGGCAGCUGAUUACCGGUUGGGCUUGUCGUAUCGGCUAUCGGGACUGUCUUGAACGAUCACGGGAAGCACUCAGGAAAGAGUUUGCUCCCGUCGAGCCAGAAAGCUCGAUCCCAGUACAUCCCGACGUACGAGCCGUGAUGUACUGUUACGGUUUGCAGGAGGAUACCGAUAGCGAGUUCCAGCUCAUCUACCAGCGUUUGAUGGCAUCGCGUAAUCAAGCCGAACGUACCGACCUGAUCGACGCGCUCGGAUGUUCGAAGAACGCGAACAACAUUAAGACGCUUCUGGGCACCAUCUUGUUUAGCGCAACGCCGGACACAAACUUUGUGUACCUUGCGGACGAACGCAACCAACUGUUCCGGGCGAUCUACUCCGGUGGUAGGAUACCAACGAUGGCGCUGAUGGAUGUGCUGCAGGAUACUGUUUCGGUGUCACAAAUCAUGGCAAUCGUUGGGGAAGGAACGAUCAGCAACGCCGUGAUGAACAUUGCCCAGCGCACUAAUGGCCCGGUAGAAAUGGAACGUCUCGAAACGAUGCUGACGGCAAUGGCAGGAAUUCUGUCUCCGGCUACGCUGAGCACCGCCCGUGAUGUAGCAAUGGCACGUCCGCAAUGGUUCACCACAGCGGAAGGAUUAAUUAUUGGCGAGUUCUUGGAGAGCUACAGCGUAUAG